ACGCCAGAAUCUCCUCUAUUGCCGCUGCUCGUCUGAAGCACUUCUUGGCAACACCGUUUAGCGCCAUGGCAUCUCCUCCAUUGCAGCUGUGCCCUGACUUAUCUCUCACUUCACCGGUCAAUUGCCGCGACCAUCGAAGAACAGCAAGGUUCUCUCGGUGCCGUCGCCGCUGCUCAAGACUCUGAGACACCUUCGCCAGAAAACGACGACGCUGCCGCCCUUAGUCGCUAUGGAGAUCCUUCCAUUCUUCUGCUACUUCAUGGUGUCCAUGACUACCUCAGUUUCUUACAAAGGUAGCUAGGAGACUGUGAAUGAAGAAACUGCCAGCUUCCCUGUUGCCUCGAUGAAUGCUACUCCGAUCUAUUGCUUGAUUGAAUGUCGCUGCUGCCGAAGGUGCCAGAUCAGCUUGAAGAUAAUUCACGCGCUACCAAGGAUUGAAGAACUGUGUUGAUGGUGGUUGGCUUGGGCCUCCUCUGCUCAGCUAACUUCCGAGAUGGUGGUUGCUCCCCUUCCCGGUAGGAACAACCGCUGCAUCAUCUACAAUAAGAACACCCUGGUGGUACCUUGUUGAUUCUACUUCGGUCUGUCUCUGCCAGCUCCUCUAAUUCCGGGCUCCGCAUGCCUCACAAGCCUUGGGUUCACCUUGUAUAUUCCAACUCCAGUCCGGUUCCAACUCCGCUGCCAAGCACCGCUUGGCUACCAGAUGGGCGAGGGUGAUCCCUUCUCUAGGGAUCCAAGUAAAUCCACACUUCGGUAUGUCUGCCGGCUGCCGCCAAGCUAUGUAUGUCCUGAAGAAUUGGCUCCACCUCUCCAAUCCUGGCUUUUUGAUUUCAAAGUCUGUACCAAGUUUGAAGACGCAAUAAUUCUCUAUGCCGCCCAAGUGAAGAGUUUCAGUUGCUCCUUCUGCCGAAAUUUUCUGAUAUGCAGCAUCCACGUUUGCUUUCAUCCAAGCCUCCAGGUGUAAUACUUGAUUGUUACUCCUUCACUUCUGCUUCUCUCUGCCGGUCUCUGUUCUGUUCUGCUUCUCCUCUUUCCGCCUAUCUGUGCAAGAUUCUGAAAAGACAAAGACGACGGACACUCGAGGAAGAAGCUGCGCGCCUGCGAUUGGUGAGUCUGAGAGCAAACAGAGGUUGGAGACUUGGAGAACGCCAACAGGACGAAGAGAGAAGCCCGAGUGCGACGGACGGCGGCAAUGGCUCACUCCUUGCGACAGCGGUGGUGGAGGCUAGGGAUGCGGGCAGCUCAUAUUUGUUGAUUUCUGAUAUCUCAAAUCUGAAGGAAGGGGCUGGGGAGCGGGGACACAAGGCUGCCAUCUUUCUUCCCAAUUGACAGUUCCGGUUCGACCGGCCGGUUCCUAGCCAGUUCAACAAUUGACAUCUGGUUUUCAAUAGAACGGUUUCAGGUGAUGAACCAAACCAUUGAUGCCAACGGUUUAUGAUUGGACCAGUCUAACCGGGCGGUCCGGUUUAGUUUUCAGAACCAUGGUGUUAGGAGAAGAAGAGAAGAGAAGGGAGAGAAAGACACAAUAGCGUUGGAUUUAGUUUCAUUUCGUUUUCUUGUCCUGUGUUCUAGAUCCACUUUCUCUUUUUCAUCCAGAUCUCUUUCUUUCUUUCUUUGCUCUUCUGUUAUCGAACUCCGCCUAUGUUACACUUGCGGUACAUAGCCGGUCCCAAGCCCGGAUAAAGGAGGAGGGUUGUGUUAGGUCUUCGGCAACCAACGUAAAAAUAUAGCCGAACCCCCCAUGACAUGAAUCAAAGACAUUAUUGCGCUAAAGCUAGGUCGUUACCCGGAAGUAACGCGCCGUAUGGCUCGAGUACGGUGUCAAAGCAAGAGCCGCUGCAUCGGUGCCCGGAUGUAGUGUUAAAUGAGUAAGGGUUCUCGCGUUUUCGUGAACGGACGAGGGUAAAUAAGCUAGUUCACAAAGGAAAAGGUAAAGGUCGAAGCGACAAAAGGUUGAGAUUUGGGACAUGGAACAUAGGCACUCUAACAGGAAAGUCCAUGGAGGUGGUGGAUACCAUGACAAGGAGGAAGAUUAACAUUAUGUGCCUACAAGAAACGAAAUGGGUUGGUGCAAAGGCUAGGGAGUUGGAUUCUUCUGGUUUCAAACUUUGGUAUACAGGAAAGGUGAAG